GCUGCUGGGGAUGCUGUCAGUUUUUUAGCAGCUGUCAAAUCGUCUGACGAAGCGAAUUUUCCCAGAAAGUUAUUUUUGAGGAAAAUAGGAAAAUUAGAGCAUUAGUUGCAGUGAAAACUAUCUGAAUUUAAGCUAGAGAGAUCUCUUGAGGAUUAUCCAGUGAAAUUGCAAUGGCAGAAGUCGAUAUAAUUCUCCCAGACAAGGAUGAGGCUCUGGAGCUAAAAGCCAGCAAGGAUGGUGGCCAUGGGGGUCUAGAAGAUCUGGACACGGAGGAUUUGUACACAAAGUACAAGAAACUGGAGAAAAUGCUUGAGUUUUUAGAGGUGCAAGAGGAAUAUAUCAAGGAUGAACAGAGGAAUCUCAAGAAGGAGUAUCUGCACGCUCAGGAAGAGGUCAAACGCAUCCAAUCAGUGCCUCUGGUGAUUGGGCAGUUCCUCGAGGCUGUGGAUCAAAAUACGGGAAUUGUGGGAUCGACCACGGGAUCAAAUUACUACGUGAGAAUUUUGUCGACAAUUGACCGGGAAUUGCUGAAGCCAUCGGCCAGUGUGGCUCUGCAUAAGCACAGCAAUGCCCUGGUGGAUGUUCUGCCACCCGAGGCGGACAGUUCCAUCUCAAUGCUGCAGGCAGAUGAGAAGCCCGAUGUGAGUUAUUCGGAUAUUGGAGGCAUGGACAUGCAGAAGCAGGAGAUCCGGGAAGCCGUGGAGCUGCCCCUGACGCACUUUGAGCUCUACAAGCAAAUUGGUAUUGAUCCUCCGCGCGGUGUUCUGCUCUAUGGACCUCCAGGAUGUGGAAAAACCAUGCUGGCCAAGGCUGUGGCUCAUCAUACAACAGCUGCCUUCAUCCGUGUCGUGGGAUCGGAAUUUGUGCAGAAGUAUCUGGGCGAGGGACCGAGGAUGGUGCGCGAUGUCUUCCGCUUGGCCAAGGAGAACUCCCCGGCAAUCAUUUUUAUCGAUGAAAUUGACGCAAUUGCCACGAAGCGCUUCGAUGCUCAGACUGGAGCUGACCGAGAAGUCCAGAGAAUCCUCCUUGAGCUGCUCAAUCAAAUGGAUGGAUUCGAUCAAACUACCAAUGUGAAAGUCAUCAUGGCUACAAAUCGUGCAGACACACUAGAUCCUGCUCUCUUGCGUCCUGGGCGUCUGGACAGGAAGAUUGAAUUCCCGCUUCCGGAUCGCCGUCAGAAGCGUCUGAUCUUCACCACAAUCACAGCCAAAAUGAAUUUGUCUGAAGAUGUGGACCUGGAAGACUACGUCGCGCGUCCGGAUAAGAUUUCCGGAGCUGACAUCAAUGCAAUCUGCCAGGAAGCGGGAAUGCACGCCGUCCGGGAGAAUAGAUACAUCGUCCUGGCUAAAGAUUUUGAGAAGGGCUACAAGAAUAAUAUCAAGAAGGAUGAGCAGGAGCAUGAUUUCUACAAGUAAAUUUAUUGUAUUUCUAAUUAACUGAAUAAAAAUCUACGAUUUCUUCA